UUGGACUUGCUAAGCUUAAACACUUACAAAUGUAAACUUUUGAUAUUAUCAAAUGGUCUGCUUAAAGACCUAACUUCAGAGAAGCGUCAGUUUCUGGAAGAGGUUCUUCACUCACCAGAAAGUGUAGUUACUCUGCUUUGUGGGAUGAAGAGUUCAAAUCAGCUAUAUAAAUUAUUAAAUAUCUCUGGAAGCAGAUGGGAGAUCUCAACAGAGCAGGAGCCUGAAGACUACAUUUCUGUCAUCAAGCAAAUCAUAUUCAGAGAUUCUGAAGACUACCUUGAAGUCAUCAUUCCAACAGACGUAAAAGUCAUGCAUUCUGGGGAAAUAAAUCAGAGGAAGGAUGAUGAAGAUUCAUUAGAAGCUUCAAGAAGCACCAUGCCACCAGUCGUAGUGCUUCCUGCUGAAAUUCCGUGUGAGAAUCCUGGUGAGAUAUUCAUUCUUUUGAGAGAGGAAGUGAUUGCUGAAACUGUGGAGGUUGAGUUUAUAUCAAACAAAGUGCACAUUAGAACUCAGCCGACCCUUUGGAAUAAGAAAGUCUGGUGUAUGAAAGCUUUAGAUUUUCCUGCUGGCUCAGUCAAUGUCAGUAUCUACUGUGAUGGAAUCAUUAAGGCCACAGCAGAGGUUAAAUACUAUGCAAGAGCAGAGUCAGUGGAAUGCACACACAGAGCAGCAGAUCCAGGAGAGGGUUUGUGCAAGAAUGACAUUGAAGAGCUUGAUGACAUUCUUACAUCCAUAUUCAAAAAUGAGAUACCAUAUUAUGAAUUCCAAUCUCUUCAAAAUGAAAUUUACCCUCAAAAGGAAUAUACUCAUGUCAAACAACUACCAACUCUUCUCCACUGUGCAGCAAAAUUCGGUUUAAAGAACUUGGCUAUUCAUUUGCUUCAAUGUUCAGGAGCAACCUGGGCAUUUAAGAUGAAAAAUAUGGCUGGUUGGGACCCAGCACAGAUUGCUGAAAGGUGUGGUCACAAAGAACUCAAAAAAAUAUUUGAAGACUUCUUGGUCCAAGAAAUUAGCAGAAAUAAUGAUCAAGAAUAUUACUAUGAAGAGGAUAUUAUCCCAUUUUCUCCAUAUUCUACCUCCUCGCAGUACCCAGCAUUGCAUCAUGAAAGCAGGAAGACCCACAGGCAGAGUGCAGAUGGUAUUGAGGCAACCAAAGGAGCAAGGGAGGAAGAGGAGCCUGAAUCACACACUCAGGAGAGGCAUAGCCCCUCAGAGUUUGGCAGUGGAAGUCCUGAGGACCAGUAUGAUGACUUGUAUGUGUUCAUUCCUGGAACUGACCCAGAAAGUGAUUCACAAGAGCCACCCAUGUGCUGCAGACCACCUCUCCCACCACCACGACCUGCAUCUACUGCCUUCCAACUGGAAAAACCACACUUCACAUUACAAACAGGAAGAGUGGUGGAAGGUCACGUGGAAAGGAGUCAAAACUGGAGUUAUCCCAGCGCCAGACAGAAAAAGAGAGAUGAAUCCAAAGAAGAAGAAGAAAAGAAAGAAGAUGAAAAGAAACAGGAGGAGGAGGAGGAAGACCCAUACACUUUUACUGAGAUUGAUGACAAUGAAUAUGACCUGAUACUGGCCAAUAUGAGUGUAAAGAAGAAAACCGGAAGUCGAUCCUUCAUUAUAAACAGACCUCCUGCCCCCACACCCCGACCCACAAAUAUCCCUCCGAAGGAGGAAGCAACACCUUACAUAGCUCAAGUGUUCCAACAAAAGGCAGCCAGAAGACAAUCUGAUGAUGACAAGUUCCAUGGUCUUCCUAAGAAACCAGACAAAGCUCGAAUGGAGAGUCCAGUCUUUUCUACUGCAAGGGGCUAUCUGGCCUCUGGACAGGAAGAACUCAUUCUCCUGCAGGAGAAAGUCAAGAAAGGGAAAAUAUCUGUGGAUGAGGCCCUGGAGAAAUUUAAGCACUGGCAGAUGGAAAAGAGUGACUUGGAAAUAAUUCAGCAGGAAAAACUACGUCAACUCCGAGAUAGCAUUAUUGGGAAAAGGCCAGAAGAAGAAAAUUUCUAUGGUAAACUCACCAUUGUGCAUCAUCCCAGUGGUAACACUGCCCAAAAUGAAAAUAUGUUGUAUAAUAAUCCCUUCAACCAUAAGCUUCCUCCUCAACUCCGAGUUGAAAAGGAAUUUGGUUUCUGUUGCAGGAAAGAUCAUUAAAGAAGGUUAUUCUAAUGAAACUCAAGAAUCUGCAAACAUUGUGCUUUCUGGGUGAAGCAAGCUUGCAUUUGAAUUGUCUCCUCUCUCCAUGGCAAGUCUCUACUAUGAAAGCAGAAGCAAACUCUAGAUUUGGGAAUUUGUUAUUACC